AAAACACAAAGAGCUGGUUAGAAGGAGUCGAACUUGGGAAUGGUUGCCUUCACGUUUGGUUCACGAAGACUACAAGCAUGCUCAUUUCCUCGUUUUCUAUAUUCAACAAGUAUUCGAUCAGUCUUGGAAGCUCAAGAUAUCUUUGAAAAUAGACACAUUGGUUCAGGGAAAGAGGCAGAUAUACAAGCCAUGCUUCAAGCCCUAAAAUUGAAUACGCUUGAUGAACUAAUUCAAGAAACAGUGCCUGCCAAGAUAAGAAGCAAAACCGGUCUCGGAAUAGGAUCGGGUUUGACGGAGAGUGAAGCACUCAAAUAUAUAAGGAAACUAGCACAAAGAAAUGAAUUGUAUCAAAAUCAUAUUGGUAUGGGAUAUUAUGGAACACUGGUCCCAGCUGUAAUACAAAGGAACAUAUUGGAAAAUCCGGCUUGGUAUACUCAGUAUACACCGUACCAAGCCGAAGUUUCACAAGGUCGUCUCGAAUCACUGUUGAACUAUCAAACCAUGGUUUCGGAUCUUACUGGUUUACCUAUUGCAGGAGCUUCAUUGUUAGAUGAAGCCACUGCUGCAGCUGAAGCGAUGGCUAUGUGUUAUGCUCUUUCGAAGCAAAAGAAAAGAAUAUUUGUCAUAUCCGACUCAUGUCAUCCACAAACCAUAGGAGUUAUUUGUACUCGAGCUGAAGGUUUCGGUAUCGAAGUUGUAGUUGGAAAGAUGCAUUCUUUCAAUUGGAAAGAAGUACAAGGUCAAGUUUGUGGAAUUCUAUUGCAAUAUCCAACCACACAAGGUAUAAUCGAAGACUAUGAAAAUAUCAUUACAGAAGCUCACCAUUCUGGAGCAAAGGUUAUUAUGAGUUGUGAUUUGUUGGCUUUGACUAUGUUGAAACCUCCUGGUGAGAUGCAUGCCGACUUUGCCGUAGGAUCGUCGCAAAGAUUUGGAGUGCCAAUGGGUAACGAAGGUCCACAUGCUGCUUUUUUUGCAACGAAAGAUGAAUAUAAACGCUUAAUGUACGUAUACUAUCAUUUAAUAUUGACAAUCACUAUCCACAUUAGCAUUGUUUCUUAGGCCUGGUCGUAUUAUUGGUG